GCAAAUCUUCCGUCACUAGAACACGUUGGGGGAUUCAGGUUUGUUCGAGCCUUGCCAAAAACCUCUCAUCCAGAAAAAAGACUGCAUCUUCACACCACCACUCCUUCCGUAAAUCAGUCUUCAUCAGGGGCUGUUUCAUCCCAGCCUGAAGUGGUUGCCUCGUCUGACGUGAAGCAGCCACCACUCGAGCUAGUCCCUCUAGUCUCAACCCACCCUGAAUUAGAGAAAUCUGGUUUCCAGACCUAUUCAUGUCCUAAAACAUUGAAAGUGAAUCCCAUGACGACCAAUUGGGUGCAAGUCAGACAUAACGUGGUUCCAUCUCACGAACUUUGGGCCGAUGAUCUACUUGUUAUGUCACCCAUUGCGCUCUUGCCAACUGGAGCGGACGGUCGGCAGUACACUACAUGUCGAGCCGAGUCAGCACAGGCCUGGCCCCUGGUAAUGUCUAUAAUUUCCGCGGAUGAAAGAAGGAAUUUAUCAAAUUUGGAUGGUUGUAAGGCCGAAAAAUUCGCAGCUAACCUCUUUGUUGAAAUACCACCACAGAGCCUACUUCUGCUUGAACGCCCUCUUGGCUUGUUGCCAUUAUCAUUGGAGGACGAGGCAAUUUGA